CGUCUCUGUGCAUCUGGGAGUGAUCGAGCGAGCUCUCGAACCGUUUCUUCUCCGUUCUCUUCUUGCACCGACGUCGAGCUAGACGACGGCGGCGAUGGCUGCGUCGACGGUGAGGAGGAUCAAGCUGGGGUCGCAGGGUCUCGAGGUCUCGGCGCAGGGGCUGGGCUGCAUGGGGAUGUCAGCCGCCUACGGCCCUCCCAAGUCCGAGCACGACAUGAUCGCGCUGCUCCACCACGCCGUCGGCUCCGGCGUCACCUUCCUCGACACCUCCGACAUCUACGGCCCCCACACCAACGAGAUCCUCCUCGGAAAGGCGCUGAAGGGAGGAGGGGUGAGACAGAAGGUGGAGUUGGCGACCAAGUUCGGGCUCGGCUUCGCGGACGGGAAGUGGGACGUCCGGGGCGAUCCGGCGUACGUGAGGGCAGCUUGUGAGGGCAGCUUGAAGCGGCUCGACAUCGAUUGCAUUGACCUCUACUACCAGCACCGUAUCGACACUCGGGUCCCCAUCGAAGUCACUAUUGGAGAGCUAAAGAAACUCGUUGAAGAGGGUAAAAUCAAGUACAUCGGUUUAUCGGAGGCCUCUGCGUCAGCAAUCAGAAGAGCACAUGCUGUUCAUCCCAUCACAGCUGUGCAAUUGGAGUGGUCGCUGUGGUCAAGAGAUGUGGAGGCAGAGAUCAUUCCCACAUGCAGGGAGCUUGGGAUUGGAAUCGUUGCAUACAGUCCUUUAGGACGAGGAUUCUUUUCUGUUGGUUCCAAGUUGUUGGAGAAUCUCUCCAAGGAUGACUUCAGACAGAUCCUACCAAGGUUCCAGCCAGAGAACUUGGCUCACAAUGAAAAGUUGUUUGACCAAGUGAAUGAAAUUGCGCAAAGAAAGGGAUGCACCCCAUCGCAGUUAGCCCUCGCCUGGGUACACCACCAGGGCGAUGAUGUCUGCCCGAUUCCCGGCACAACCAAGAUCGAGAAUUUCAACCAGAACAUUGGAGCUCUGUCCGUGAAGCUUACACCGGAAGAGAUGGCCGAGCUCGAAUUGAUUGCUUCUGCAGACAGUGUCAAGGGUGGCAGGUACCAGAGCGGCUUCUCUACAUGGGAAAACUCCGACACUCCACCCCUUUCUUCAUGGAAAGCUUCUUAGAAACUUGUCUGCUUCUGUCGCUGCAUCUUUGAUAUGCGGAGUUUGAGCAUUUGCUGCUAAAGUAUUUUGAGGCUAAUGUUGUGUGGCUGCUAUAAUUAUGUGUAAGAAGAGAGUACUUCUUGUCCUGUAAUGAGAUCUGAACUUCAGAGAGAGUGUGACAUUCAAGAAGAUUAUAGAUGUGUAAUAAUAAGCUUACCGGGGAAAGAUUACUCGGGAA